AUGAGGUACUCGUGCCACCAUGGCUCUCCCUGGGCGGGGCGCGACGGUGCAGCAGUUGUGGUGGCAACCGCAGGGGCGACGUGCUCCACGACGAUUCUCGCACUGGAGCGUGCCAACGCCUCGCUCACACGCGACCUCGAGCAGUGCCUUGAGAUCCUGCGUGACGCGCGCGCAUACACCGACGAGGUGGAGAGGGUGCUAGCCGCCGUCCCCGCCUUCGCGCUGGCCUUGCAGCGUCACCUGCAGGGCAUGAUGCUCUUGCAGCACGGUGUGUUCCUCGAGAACGCGGCUGCACAAUUCCGUGUGUGGCGCAACGACCGCGAGGCGUUGCUUGCCGCCUUCGAGGAAGAGGCUCAGGACGCGUACGUGGCGUACAGGUGCCAAGUAGACGAUCUCGUCGAGCAACACGAGAAUGAAGUAGAAGAGGUGCACAGUGAGUGGCGCCGUACGCUGGAGGAGAUGCAGGCGGAGGCGGCCAGAUUAACGCAACGAAUUUCGUCGGUUGACGAGGACGCGAAGGAGCGAGAGGCGCGGUAUGCACUGCUGAAAAAGGCGGCCGGAGUGAUUGAGCAAAAGCGUGGCAGCGGUGGCGGACGCAGCCGGGCGACGCAGGUGAUGCCAGUAUCAGUGGCGGUGGGGUGCCAGACGGCGGAUGUUUACAUGCGUACCAUUGCUGUUCAAACGAUGGACGAUGACCUUGAGCAGCAGCAACAGGAGCAGCGUGCCCGCAGUAUUCCCACUUCGCCCUUGCUUCCGUCUGAACCAGAAACGAUUGAGAAUAUACAGCAGCAUAAGCAGGUGGUUGUGGAGGAAGAAAAUGAGCCAGAGCCAGAGCCAUUUUCUGAAGUGCCUGUGGCGUUCCCAGGAGAAACACCACAAGAAAGCUCAGUGCUGCGCGUGGCACUGGAGCAACGGAAGCUCGACGAGAUGGAGCUCCGCAGACUCCGUUUGGAGUUGCAACAGCUCCAAGAAGAAUGCACUCAGGAGAGAGAAGCAGCACUGACGGCGCGUGUGAAGUGCUCUGUGCUUGAGAGCAUGCUGCGGAAACAGUCGCAGGAAGUCA